AAAUUAGGCAAGUUGCCAUAUUUAAGAAAACUAGGCCGUGUGUAGGAGAAUUAGUGUCUUUGGCUUGGAAGGUUCAGUCCGUUGAAGAACUGCUGAUGUCUAGAAUCUUGUCACUGUCACCUGAUAUCUUCAGUGCAGCGGUUGCACUGCAAUCUGCUAUAGCAUUUUUGGAGAUGGCCGUUUUGUGCCUGAGGCCUGCCAUUAAGGACUUUGAGGACCUGAUACAAAGCAAGAGAACAUUAGGCCAGGGAUUUGGCAAUGCUCCAUCUGCACUUAUGACAAUGAGGAGAAUGAGAACUUAUAUAGCCUUUGAAAACAUAAGCAAAAAUCCUGGAGCAUCCAAGUUGGCCAGGUCUCUUUUUCGAUCAUUUCCGCAUCAGAUUCCCAAAAAGGUUGUAUUAUUUCAAAAGCCGGGUGAUGGUUUUCCGCCAGAUGGCCGUAUCUUCUACAAGCUUGAGAAUGUCCGAGGAGAAUUUCAUGAUAUUCAUAAGGAUUUUAAUCCUUUCAAGUUCAAUGUUCCAUCCCCUGAUGAUAUGGUGCAUAAUGGCCUGCAUUCUUCCAAAAUGGGAUUGAAAGACAAAGUUACGAACAAUAAAAGUUCGCAGCUGUCAUCAAGCGUUAGAGAGAAGAAUGAACCUUCUGUACAAUCACAUUCACAUGCUGAAUGUUCGGAUAACUUAUCAUCCUUAAUGCAAAAAAGCAAGCGGGAUAGUUUAGCUGAGGGCAAGUUCUCAAAAAAAGCAGCAACUGAUCUGCAGACAAGUGGUAAAACAUCAAACAGCUUGCCAGGAUCUAUGCCAAAAGACAAAGUUGAAAACAUUAUUAAAACAAAUUCUUCAAAAAAUGGUACCAUUGGUAUUCAAUCAAGUGAAGAGAAGUCAGUUGGUUUUUCUGUACUGUCAAAAGUCAAGGAAAGUGAUAGCAAUAGUUUCUCUUCUAUCAAAGAUGGAAAAUCUGAAAGUAUUUCCAGCAAUUUCAACAACAUGGCUGUUGAUGUAAGAUCUGGAAAUUCAGACAAUACUAAUGCUAAGAAACCUCGUCCACAUAUUUCUUAUAAGCCAGAAAAAUGGAUGCUCCCUGAACAUGCUGAAGAUACAUUAACUCAGCUGAAUCUUGCAAUUGUUGGCCAUGUUGAUUCUGGAAAAUCAACCCUAUCUGGUAGGUUGCUGCACCUAUUGGGACGGAUUUCCCAGAAAGAAAUGCAUAAAUAUGAAAAGGAGGCCAAGUUACAGGGCAAGGGAUCAUUUGCUUAUGCUUGGGCACUUGAUGAAAGCCCUGAAGAAAGAGAAAGAGGAAUAACUAUGACAGUUGCUGUUGCUUAUUUUGACACCAAGAAAUAUCAUGUUGUUUUGCUCGACUCCCCUGGCCAUAAAGAUUUUGUCCCAAACAUGAUUUCUGGGGCAACACAAGCUGAUGCUGCAAUUCUUGUUAUAGAUGCCUCACUAGGUUCAUUUGAAGCUGGUAUGGAUGGCAGCAAAGGGCAAACAAGGGAGCAUGCACAACUUAUCAGAAGCUUUGGUGUUGAUCGAGUUAUAGUUGCUGUAAAUAAGAUGGAUACUGUUUCGUACUCCAAAGACCGAUUUGAGUUUAUAAGGCAGCAGCUUGGAGUUUUUCUCCACUCAUGUGGUUUCAAAGAUUCUUCUCUAUCUUGGAUUCCCAUGAGUGCCAUGGAAAAUCAAAAUUUGGUAGCCUCCCCUUCUGACACUAGUUUAAAAAACUGGUACGGUGGACCUUAUCUUUUAGAUGCGAUUGACUCUCUCCAACCUCCUUCUAGAGAAUUCUCAAAACCUUUACUAAUGCCAGUAUGUGAUGUCAUCAAAUCAACAAUGCUUGGACAGGUGUCUGCUUGUGGUAAACUGGAAGCAGGAGCUCUUCGGAAUGGAUCAAAGGUCUUGGUUAUGCCUUCAGCUGUAGUGGGAACAGUACGCUCAUUGGAGCGUGAUUCUAAUCCCUGUACUGUUGCUAGAGCUGGAGAUAAUGUAUCUGUAACAUUGCAAGGUGUCGAUGGAAAUCAUGUGAUGGCAGGAGAUGUACUAUGCCAUCCUGACUUUCCAGUUGCAGUUGCUAAGCAUUUGGAGUUGAAAGUGCUAGUGUUGGAUGGUGCGAGUCCAGUACUGGUGGGCACACAGUUAGAGUUUCAUAUACACCAUGCGAAGGAACCUGCUAGAGUUUCAAGAAUAUUGUCAGUACUUGAUCCAAAGACUGGUAAGGUGACCAAAAAGUCGCCUCGCUGUCUCAAUGCAAAGCAAAGUGCAGUAAUUCAGGUGAUUUUGCAUGAGUCAGUCUGUGUGGUAGAGUUCUCUAGUUGUAGAGCUCUUGGAAGGGUGUCCCUAAGAUCCCUGGGAAGAACAAUUGCUGUUGGAGUUGUGACAAGAAUAAUUGAGGAUGGAGAUUAA